AACGGCAGCACUGAUGAUAUGCCAUGCAAAUGCAUCGGAGCUCGCGUAAAUGAAAAAUGAAGAACUUAUUCAAUAAUUUACAAAGAGAAUUGAUUUGUCUCGAUUUUAUUUCAUUUUGAAUAGAUAUUCAACACCUGUGUGAAAUACAUUGUAGCUACUAGCUAGCCUGCUGUUUUAUGGUGCAUGCAUCCUAAUUCCUAACCAGUGCAGAUUACUUUAUUAUUUCAGCGUUGAUCGUUAUUCAUACAAUCGGUUGAAAGUAUAAAAAUCAAAAUGCCUCUACUGGGUGAUGAUCCAGACUCAGAUAAUAUAGCUGAUGAAGAAUAUUUGGUGUCGAAGUCGAAGGAAGCUUUCCGAAUCAAUCCUUAUCUUUGUAAAGCUUGGAUACUGACUGCUAAAACAUUAUUUCCUCAUAAUUUUAGAAUACAAUUUGAAGCUUAUACAAUCGAGAAGAAUAAUGAUAACGCUAAGGAAGCGGCAAAAUGUUUCGCUACACUAUUCCAGUCUUUCAUUUCGGAAAGCGGUUUGUGGCAAGAAAUCAAUACCCUGACCAAUGCGCUGAGGACCGAAAGUUCGAAUCCUGAAACGCUGUUUCUCAGGAAAAUGUUUUCUUGCAUACCUGCUGUUACUCAGCACGAUAUUCUAACGGUGACCGCAGAACGAAGUGAAGAUACCAUGGAACAUUGUCGAUUGAUGUUACUUUUAUUUCGAAAAUUUCCGCAAGCAACGCCGCAGUUGAUUGUGCGUUUGGUUGACACCCUAAUCACGGCAGAAAAGCACGGACACUGCCCGAGCGUUAUAAAUUGCUACAGAAAAACAUUGGUGUGCGACGUAUUACCUUUACUGCUGCACGCGAACGCGGAUCUACCCUCUAAACAAUUAUACCGAUUUUUACACAAAUCAACCGAAUUCUAUUUAGCUUCGUUAAUGACAAAAAAUUCUCAGGAAACUUUUGCAGAUGACGAAAGCAAGAUUGGCGUUAACUGGGAAUCCUUUUACGCUUUGUUACGGUUGUUCGGUGGUAAAUUAGAUUGGGAAUUGUGCUCAAUUUUUUCUUAUCCUUGGAAUAAAGAUGUCACGUGGCAACAUAUCCUAACUUUCAGUACCGUACGAUUAAAUGCAUUAGAUCCGAGUAAAGGAGUUAAACAAUUAAUUUUCUGCCUUACGAUUUUAUUUGCAUAUUGCUUGUAUCAAUACAAUGCCUUACUCCAAUCAAGUGCGGAUAAUAGAAUUUCCUCCGUUCUGGUUGAAGCAUUUGUUAGUGAAGAAAUGGACGAAAUCAAUACAAUUCCUUCUUCGAAGAGAAUGAAAAUCGAUUCUUCCGAUCCGACUUUACCUAAUUUGACUGGUGGCGAAGGUACCGGCGAUAUUAUCAAGCAUUUCAAUUUUGCGCUUACAUGUUGGAGUAUGUUACAGUCUACUGAAACCUAUCAAAAAGAAUUCUUCAAAUUAAAACAACAUAUACGGCUCGAUAAUUGGCUUCUAGAUUUUACUACAGACGUCGCACUUUAUCGAGCCAAAUUCGACGAAUUUCAAUCGAACAUUCAAAACGAUAACGGUUCAAUUCGAACUUGGAUUCAAAGACUGUCGUAUAAUUUUAUAGUCAAACAUUUCCGCUUUUUAGGCGAAAGUAGUAUUCAGGUGGUGAAGCAGUUGCAUACGGUUCAUACUAUUGGAAGCUGUAGUCAAAAUUUAACCCAAGUCGGCGUGGCUCGGCAUCUUCAUUACUUGCCGUUGACCAAAGUAGCAAUUUUACAAUACGUGGCCAAAUUACUCAUUUUGAAGUUCUGGCAAAUGUUGCCGAACGUCGAUGGCGUCGAUGCGGAUAGAAUAUACGGUUACUUAUUGAUUCUCGUGCAAGUAAAUUGGCCGUCGGAAAAAAGAAUUGCGCUGGAUGUACUAACGCGAAUUAGAAAUCAGCGUUCCUUCAUAUUUCCUUUAUUUUUCAAGUACGUCGUAAAUGUGGAAAUCUUGGAAGAAUUCACGCACAUGUACGCCAACGAACAUGAAACCAUUAAAUUAGAUUUGAUGGGUCCAGCUCAAACAUCAGGGCAAAAAAGAAUUUCAACGAGAGGCGCUGACAAAGAAGAACGCGAAGAUUUCUUACAAAUGAUGAAGCAGCAAGUUUGCCGACAAGAACCCUUGUAUACGUUGGUAAUUUCGUUUUUGUUGGAAGAGGAGAGGUUUAUUUCGGUCAAAUGAAUAUUAUACAAUUUUUUGUACGACGAGCGCAUUUCAUUUGUUUGGCUUUUGGUCGAGAAAAGGAAUGCUGAGCUACAGACAUGUAGCCUAAUCCUUGCUCGGUCGUUAUCGUUACGAAAUAAACGCGUGCGUUACAUUUA